UGUCAUUUAGCCACAAGUCCCAGCCUCUUCCCUGAGCUCAGGCCAUGGCGGUUCGCCUCGCGAGAUCAUCGGUGGCGUCAUCCCCAUCACGUCCGUCGUUGAUCUCCAUCGUGAAUCGGAUAUCUGAUUUCGCCUCUUAUUCGUCCUCGUCCUCCUGGUGGUCGUCUCCGGAGGAUCUGACGGCGGGAUCGAAGAGGCGGGAGAAGAAGACUACAGACCGUUUCUCCGCCGCGAUCGACGCUGUCCAUGACCGGAAGCUGCCGCCGGAGCUACGCGGGCGGCGCGAUUUCGUAAGGUCAGAGACUGACAUAAUCAACGUGGUCGAGCAGAGGAUAUGGCACUCAAUGGAAGAAGGCCAGUUUGAGAAUUUACCUGGUAAGGGCAAACCCUUGAACCUCCACACAAAUCCUCACGCAGACCCAGCGGAGGAUACAUUGUACCGGAUUCUUAACAAGAACGGGUUUGCUCCCGAGUGGGUGGAGCUCAACAAAGACAUAAGAAGCAAAGCAAAAGAAUGGAGAGUUUCACUGAAGAAAGCAUGGGCUAUGAAACUCGAGGAUGACCAAUCGGGUUGGGAAGAGCGAUCAGAUUUGCUGAAAACACAACUGAAGCAAAUCAACAACAUGGUGUUUAGGUACAAUCUGAUUGUUCCUUUUGGCCGUCAAAUGUUUGGAUUGAAGUGGGAGAAAGAGAUUGAUCACCUGAAAGAAUAACAUCUUCAGAUACCUAAAGGUCGGUCACACUUCUAUGAACUCGUUUUUGAGUUGUUAGUAUAUGUAUGCGAGUCAGUGUGGCUCUCUUAUAGCUUAUGUUAAGAAGAAUAAGAAACAGAAGUGCUUGAGUUGUUGUGAGACUGUCAUGUAUGUUGUUAUCCAUCACAAAGUAAUACAAAGAAAAUUAUAGGUUAGGAAG